GUGGGGGUUUCGCGAUGGCGAACGCGGUGGCGUGCGUGGAGAGGGCGACAAGCGACAUGCUCAUCGGUCCAGAUUGGGCGGUCAAUAUCGAGCUCUGCGACGUUAUUAACAUGGAACCUGCCUUCUGUAGGGGUGAUUGAGUUUAGCUGUGAGAAGAAGCUAAUGCCGGGCAAACAAAGGCAUCUCUUGGAGACGGGCGAAAGUUUCAAAUUGGAGCUUUUGUUAAUGAUGAGUGAAAGCUCACCAGUCCCAAUAAAAGCUCUGGACAUUUUGUUUGCAGCGGUCUUCUUCGUUGUAGAGAAGAUGCUCUAGAACCCUAGCUGGAGUUGUACGCAGAAAUGUUGUUUGAGUAGAGCUGCUCAAAAAAGUGUCGACAACUUUUUCAUCAAAAGUUCAUAUAGGAUCAGUGCUUUCACUGUGCCUCUGGGGAUUAUUUGAGCAUUAACUCCCGGCAUUUGGUCUUAUACUGCCUGGCAAACAAAGGAUGCAAUUAAGGCACUUAAGAAGCGUCUAGCAAGCAAGAAUCCCAAAAUACAACUUCUCGCUCUCUUUGUGUUGGAGACUUUAAGCAAAAAUUGUGGGGAUAUUGUCCACCAGCAAAUUGCAGAACGUGAUAUAUUACAAGAAAUGGUGAAGAUAGUGAAGAAAAAGCCAGACUUAAGUGUGAGAGAGAAGAUCUUGGUUCUGAUAGACACAUGGCAAGAUGCUUUGGGGGGGCCAGGUGCAAAGUAUCCCCAGUACCGUGCAGCAUACCAAGAACUUAGGGCUGCCGGAGUAGAAUUUCCACCUCGCACAGAAGAUGCAGCUCCAUUGUUUGCCCCUCCCCAAAGUCAGCCAAUUCGGCAUCAGCCCGCCGUGCCACACUAUGAGGAUGCAGCUUUAGGAGCGUCUCUUCAUGCUGAUGCUUCUACUCUAAGCUCGGAAGAAAUUCAGACUGCUCGAGGGAUAGCAGAUGUAUUAUCUGACAUGUUGAACGCAUUGGAUCAUAAUAACCCAGAGGGUGUGAAACAAGAAGUCAUUGUCGAGCUUGUCGAGCAGUGCCGCACCUACGAAAAGCGUGUUAUGAAUUUAGUGAAUAACACUGGAGAUGAGAGCCUUCUAUUUCAGGCCCUGGCUCUAAAUGAUGACCUUCAACGUGUGCUUCAAAGGCACGACAAUAUAGCAAAAGGAACUCUCACUGUUGGAGCUGCUGCUACUUCCUUUGCUCCUCCUGCCACUGUAGGCCAAGGAACUCCUCCCGCUUCCAGAAGUACAGCUCCGUCAGUUACCCCUCUUGUUAAUGUCAACCACGAGGAGGAUGAGUCCGAGGAUGAUUUUUCCCAGCUUUCACGCAGGACGGCAAGGGAUAGCACACCAGUGCAAAGUGGGAAAUCUCCUAUUACAAAGAAAGAAAGAGUGUACACAAGUCCUCUUAUUCCUCCGCCGCCAUCGGCAAAGAACCCGGUCAGCACCGAGUCUUCAAUGGUGGAUUAUCUGAGUGGCGAUCUCUACAAAUCUGGAAAGCCGUCGGAAAAAUCUUCCCCUCCCUCUUCCACUCCGCCUUCGGCAUUCUAUAGCCCGCCGAAAUACGAUGAGCCUCUUCCAAAGGCCGAAAGCCCACUCAAAUAUGACGUGCCUCUUCCGAAGACCUAUAGCCCACCCAAGUAUGAUGGGGCCGCGCCUCCUCCGAAGACCUAUAGCCCACCCAAAUACGACGAGCCCGCACCUCUUCAGAAGGCGAAAUCCGUCGAUGAGAAUUUUCAGAAAGCUUCCUGGGACGCACAACCUUCGGGUUCUUUACCUCCACCCCCAGCAAAAUAUGGCCAGAGACAACAAUACUUUGAACAGCAACAGGCAUCGCCUGGUGGGCUAUCGGGAAGUGCUUACAACGGGCUGGCAAUGCAAGCCCGGAAUUUGUCGCUUAAUGACAGAAGCACUUCUUUAGACUCGCAGGAGCUGUCCUCGCCCGCAAAACAGGAAAAACCCGACGACUUGCUUUUCAAAGAUCUCGUGGACUUCGCAAGGGCCAAAUCUUCGUCCCCUUCGACGAAGCCCCCCAACAGUCGCAGGACCCGGUGAGCGGACUCACUCAUUCCCAGGUUUGACGCCGUCUUACUGUUUAUAUAAUUUGUUCUUUAUCAGUGUCUUGUAUGAAACAAAAGAGGAGUCUAGUUUAGCCGCAUAAUAAAAGAGGGAUUUUUGUUAUGGUUUGGAUUUGGCUUUCGCAGUCGGGUUAUUUCAUGAGAUUGUGUAUAUCCUGUUUAGAAUAGCAUCGAUGAGCCGAUACAGUACUGUGUUUUUAUACUCGGUUUACUCGUUAUGUGCUCUUAUUUUCACGUCCGCGCCACCGUCGCAUGCCGCGGCUAUUCCCAUCUCUAUUAUUUGUUGGCUGCUGCUGUGUAUGAAAGUAUUGUGAGAAACUUACACAUUGGUAUCAUGCUCAAAUUCUGAAACUCAUGAUAGUGUUCUUACCAAGUUGAUGUUGAUGGUGAAUGUAAUAUCUUUAUUUUUAUU